AUGGCGACCCACUUCUUCUUCACCAGAGCUCACCGCGUCGAGGGGCGGUCACCCUCAGUUGACCUCCUCUUCUGGCCAAUGCGGCCGGCCCAGCGAGGAGACCCGGCGGACCUCGCCGAGGAGGACCAGUGCGGCGACCCGACCCUGCCCGCCCUCACCAUCGUGCUGCGCGCCACCGGCGCCGGCGAGUGCUGGCACAAGCACGUCACCUUCCUCGCCCACCUGCUUGAGGUCUACCGGAUCCUGCGCCUCUGGGCCUCGCCCGACGCCGUGGCCCACUGCGGCCUCUACCACUCCGCAUACUUCAUUUCCUACAUCAACCUCGCCAUCUUCGAGCCCGAUGUCGGUCGCGCCCGCGUUGCCGCCGUCAUCGGGGAUGAGGCCGAGCGGCUUGUCCACCUCUUCUGCGUCGUCCCGCGGCAUCAGCUCGUCCAUGACGACCUACUCUUCCACUACGACGACGGCGACCUCGCCGCCGACCUGGCCCGGUCCGAGGAGUCCGUAUUGGACGCGCGCUGCGGGGUGUUCGACGAAGACGAGCUGUGGCAACGCAAGAUCCAGCGCCUCCUCCCUGCCGACGGAAUCACAGUCAAGCACAUCAGGACUGGUGAGGAUGUGGCUCUCUCUAGGCGGGUAGCGGCGACAUUCCUUAUGAUGACAAUGGCAGACUUCAGCGACCAGCUCUUUGACUGGCAGGACCGCCAUCUUCAAGCCCGACGCCCUGACAACAUGGAGCACCUGAAGAGGAUCGCCGAGGAGAUGUAG